AUGGAAACCCGAAGAGGGGACUUAGACAAAUUGGUUGAGUGGAAGAAGACCUACACCUAUAGGCAAAUCACGCCGUUAACCGAUACGAUCAGCUCCCGUAACCAAGGUAUAUUUGCUAAUCUGAUGGGUAAACGCUUGGCUUUUGAUGAUUCAGACGAGGAGGAGCAGUAUCCCGAGGAGAGGCCGCAAGGAACUCCCCAACGGAAAAUGGGUCAAGCACCCUCCAGUCAGAUGACGAGGGUGCGCGCAGAAAGUUCGAGGAAGAGGAACCCCUCGGGCCAAACCUCGGGCCUUCAAAAAAGGAAGCGGGGGGAUCCUGAGGUGGUGGAGGUCGAUCCUCUGUCCUUUAGCUUGCCUGUGAUUCACGAGCUAUCCUCCAUCGACGAACUUUUGAAGGAGGGGUACGAGGAUCAAGGGCGGGGGACAGGCCAGUUCGAGGGCGUACCCGAGGGUCACGCUCUGCUGGUGUUCGAUCCUCCACGGGUCAAAUGCGUGGACUUGCCCGUCGCCGGAGUGCCGCGGCUGGGGGACGGCAUGAGACAGGCUGUGCAGGCGGUGAACUCCUUCGUGUCCGUGUGCGCAGACUUGGAGGGACAGCUGGCUUCGGCCAGAAGGAAGGCCGCCAGUGAGGCCAGCAAAGCCAGAGAGACUGAGACGCGGCUCGAGGCCCUGGAAGAGGAUAGGAGGAGACUGGAGAAGGACGUCACGAGAAUGAGGGCGCAGCUCGAAGGCAUGGAACUGACCCACAGUCUCCAAAUGGAGAGUCUGCUGGCAACGAACGUCCCCAAAUCUCGCCUGGAUGCGUACAUUCUCGCAGGGGUUCAGAGGUACUUGGGGUCGUCCGAGUUCGCCCUCGGGAUAAACGACGUCAUGGACCCUGCAAUGGAAAGAGGGGCGAGGAAGGUCGUCAUGGAGAUAGAGGCGGCCCGGAGGAAGAAUGAGGACAUCCAACCCAUCCUCGAUAAGUACGCUGAUAGGGAGAUGAAGGGAAAGACGUCCGCGGUAAGGCUGCGGUGCAAGGCCCGGAAGCACUUUUGGGACAUGGACUUCGCACAGCUCCCCAUCAUGCAACAGAUCGCCGGGACUUGCCCCUCCAUUUCAAAGCCCGAAGACAUCCUGAAUAUCCCGGGCAGCCCUUCCUUCGUCUUUCAGAUGCCGAGGGGAACACAAACGCCUCCGAGCACGCCGCCGGGACCCGACGAGGAGCCGGAGAUAAUCGGACCUGCACCUCCCCCCCAAGGGCACAACUCUGAAGCCGCGGAGGAGGGGGCACCUUAA